AUGCUCGUGAACCGGCCCGUGACGGACGCCACAGAUGCAGUCAUCCAAUGCUGUAAACAUCCGAUACGAGCCACUCUAGGGCCGACGUUCACGGAUAGACUGACGAAUGUGUCUCCGGCUCAUGAUGCUCCAUUGGCUGACGGACGAUGGCGACAGCGGAGCGUGCUAAGCCGGCUUCUCCCACUCGCCCGGCUCCUCGAACGUGGAGCCGUGAUGGGCAAAGGCAACACCAGCUCCGGCGCCAGCGGGCGCCGUCGAUGCUGGGGAGGCCGGGCGCGCGUCCCUGGUGGCUUGCAAUGGGCCAUGUGGGGUGGCAGACGCGCAAGAAUGUGGGUCUCUCUGGGGAAUGCUGAAACGCUCGAGGAUGACUUAUCGGAGGGAGGAGACAAUAGUAGUCAACACCAGACUGGCAUGGAGUGGACGGUAGCCAGAUUCCACGCAAUCGCUGACAUGUUCAUCGCGAGGGAUGUUGAGCAAGAUGAGCCGACGACAGAUGGCCCCCAAGUCAAGCGAGCGGCCUACGCCGUACAAGGCCAACUAAUUUUGGCGUCCAAGGGAGCCGGCAAGACCAUGGAACCCCCGUUCCUCCCGGCUGUGCGGACUCGACUUGCAUGCUUGCGUCUUCAGAUGAGAUUGGCGCAGGGGCAGUGA